UUUAUAUUUCAUUAUGUUUCUCCGUCCUUGAUCUUUGUCUAAGAUCAAAGUGACUGUUUGUAUUAGUUUUUCAAUAAUAAAAUUUGUCUCCGUUUAUAUCUUAACAAAUGAAAAAAAAUAUUGUUAUGUAUUUUCUGUUCUUCACAAACUCACAUAAAUAAUUAGAUAUGGGCCUUAGAACUCAAAAGACUAUUCACUAAGAUGCAUGAUGGGCUAUGGCUUCACAUAAGUUACUAGUCAUGUUCAUUUUCUUAUGGUAUAGUAGAUUUAUAGGUUGACAUACAACUACUACAUUUGUGAUUUUUGGUGUAUAAUAUUGGUCAUGUAAUCUGGAAUGUUUCAUAUUUUUAUUUGUUCUGGUAACUUACCUUUUGUCGGCCUUCAAAAGAUGGUAGUAGGUUUGAAUAGUGAACCAUGUCUACCUAUCUCAAAAAGCUGGUUACCAAACAUAGUUUUUUUUAAAGUACAUAUAAGUGGUUCCCAUAAGAGGAAAUUAAAGUAGUGAAUAUGGAGAUGAAGUUUUUCUCUUUUUAUGCCAUUGCAACUGCACUUCUAGUUGUAGCCAACUUUGGGAUUAUGCAUACAAGUGGGCAAGGCGUUUCGUGCUUGAACCAGCUUGCUCCAUGCCUCAACUACCUCAAUGGAACCAAGGAUGUGCCAGAAGUUUGCUGUAACCCUCUAAAAUCUGUGAUUAGGAACAAUCCAGAGUGCUUGUGUCGUAUGAUAAGUAACCGUGGGAGUUCAAAGGCUGAACAAGCUGGCAUCAAUGUCAAUGAUGCUCAAAUGUUGCCUGCUCGAUGUGGAGAACACGUCAAUCCCAUUGCCUGCUUGACUCGAUCUCGAGGAUCGACAAACGCAGACCAAAGUUCCUCCACUGGCAACUCCUCUUCUCAGUCCUACUGGAUGACAACAUUAGCUUUUGCAGUGACUCUUUUGUCAUUUAUUCUUCAAAUAAACUGAAGUAUCAGUGUCCAUCACCCUGUUCAUUUUUGUAUCCGUUUGAACAAAUGCUUAUGAGCUAUGAUUAUUGGUCGUUUAUUAAUGUACCGUUUGACGAUUUAUUCCACAUAAACAGUAUAAUUCCAUUUCUAAUAGACUAA